GUGUGUCAAUUUAUAAAUUGUUGUAGUUUAGUGUAUGCGUAAAGUAUGGCUAAAAACACUACAUCAUCAGCAUUUCGGAAAAUUGAUGUUGAUCAAUAUAAUGAUGACUGUUAUAAAGAAGAAGAAGGAAGUGAGCCGCAUUCGCCACCCACCGGCCCUGAUGAGCAGGAAAUUGUAAAUUUUGUUAAUCAAGGAAAGCAUAUUGAAGCUUUAAAGAACUUAUUACGCACAGCACCAGUAGGAACAAAGAACCAGAUGUUGAAGGAUGCUGCAUUUAGUCUUGUGUUGAGGGUAAUUUUGUCAAUUAAAACUAGUGACAUUGAAAAAACUGUUGCUCAACUUGACAGAGAUCAGAUAGAUAUGUUAAUGAAAUAUUUGUAUAAAGGCUUUGAGAAUCCAUCAGAAGGCAGAAGUGCUCAUCUACUAGCUUGGCAUGAGAAAGUAUAUUCUGCUGGAGGCAUUGGAAGCAUUGUGAGGGUGCUCACAGAUAGAAAACGUGUUUGACAUCUAUUUAAUACCAAAUAUUUUCAUUUUUCAAAUAUAGUUUUAAUUU